AAAUCGUAGGUGUUGGGAAAUCCCUGUGCAGGCUUUUGUACCUGAGAUUAAUUUAGAAAUGACAAGCCUAAUUGGCCAUAACCCCAAAUAAAAAUGGAAUCAGCAAACACCAGGGAGAAAUCCAACUGAAGCUCAUCGUCCCCCCUUUCUGCAAUUUUCUAAUACAAAAAAAAAUAAAAAUAAAAGAAAAGAAAACAUUGGCACUUUCAACUUCGACAUUAUUUACAAAGUCAUCAAUUAAUGUAGAUAAAUCUAGAGCCGUGAGUAAAAAAUAAGAUGGGCUCGUUUCUAUCUCGGAAUGAGUUCCCCGUCGAAGGACGAACUAUUCUUAUCACCGGUGGUUCUAGAGGCCUUGGCUUGAACGCCGCCCGCCAAUUGGCAGAAAAAGGCGCCAAUGUUAUCAUUGUCGCACGUAACGAAACCAAGCUUCAAGAAGGCGUCGCCUUUAUUUCGCAAGGCGCUCGCACGCCGGGAAGUCAGCGUUUCCACCAUAUCGCUGCAGAUGUAACCACUUCCGCUGAGUGCGCUCGUGUCGUUGCUGAAGCUAUCGCGUGGAACAAUGGCUCGCCGCCCGAUAUUGUCUGGUGUUGCAGCGGUAGCGCGUAUCCAACGCUAUACAUCGAUACUCCGCCGGAGCAGUUUCAGGCGAUGAUGGAUAGCAACUAUUUCUCAUGCGCAUACAUGGCGCAUGCCGUACUCAACGCCUGGCUCCGAUCUAACCCGGACGGGGCAAGUCCCGAGACACCUGCGGAGCCGAACGCGGGUCCACGACCGGCGCGUCAUAUCAUCUUCACCGGCUCGUUUGUGUCCUUCUACAGCUUUGCCGGUUUUACGCCUUACAGCCCCUCGAAAGCCGCCAUCCGUGCGCUCUCGGACUCCCUAUCUCAGGAGAUGAACCUCUACGCGGCAGCGCAUCCCAAUAUCCCCCGCGUCCGCGUCCAUACCGUCUUCCCCGCUACCAUGCCUACUCAGGGACUAGACGAGGAAAACCGCGUCAAGACGGACCUGACGAAAGCUCUCGAGGAGGGCGACCAGAUCCUCGAACCAGACGAGGUUGCGCGCCGCGCAAUCCGAGGUCUCGAGAGCGGCGAGGACCUGGUGCCCACGAGCACCAUCAUUCGGCUUGUGAUGACGAGUGUGCUGGGUGGCUCUGCGCGCGGGGGCUUCUGGAAGGGAUUAGUGAAUACACUGUUGGGAUGGAUAGUUCUUGUGGUGAUGGUUUUUAUAAGGUGGGAAAUGGAUACUAAAGUCACCAAGUGGGGGAAACAACAUGGGUCGAGCGGUAUGAUUCAGCAGAAGAGCAAAUGAUGGCAGCGGAUGUUAUCUAUGUAGGUAAUUGAUAAUGAGGCUGUUACGCGGAUAUGAUUGCAACUUUUAUGCUAGAGAGAGAUGGCGACGCGGUUAAUGUAAUUAUUCCCAUACAGAUUGAAAUUAUAAGGACCACUGGCGCCUGCUGUAUACAGUGGCUGGGCGCUUAAUCAACUGCUUACCUUAGGUACCUCCUAGGUAUAAGAAAAAGGGGCCAUGGAAUAGUACUACGAAUGCGAUCACAUCUGAGAACUUUGCCACGAUAAAAAAGUCUUACCAGGAGAGCAUUUGCUAUAGACAGCUACCCGAAUAAGCCUUAAUUUCAUACCUAGUACUCACCUG